AAUAAUAAUAAUAAUCAUAAUAUAAAAGAUAAUAAUAAUAAUAAUAAUAUUGAUAACAAUAUUGAUAAUAAUAUUGAUAAUAAUAUUUUUAAUAAUAAUGAUGUAUUACCCCCUUUAGGUAAUAAAAACAUCCUAGCUGAUAUUGAAAAGAUAUGCGAAGAAGCAAAUAAUUUAAAAGAUAAAGAAAAAAAAAUAAAUUAUCUUAUAGAACAAUGUAGUCCAUUAUCUAAGAAAAAUUAUUUCCCUCCUAUUUUAAAAGUGAACAAAGCUUAUAAGAAUAAAAAGAUAGAUGAAUUUAAUAAGGGUAAUAAAAAUUUUUAUAUUAAUCAAGUCAGAAAAGAUAUAUUUUAUAGGUACGUUAAUAGGUGCGAUGAAAAUUUAUUUAUGGCUAUAGAUAUACAAAUUGAUGGAGACCAACAAAGAAAGGAUGAUAUAAAAAAUAAAAAAUAUGGUGACAAUAAAAAAUAUGGUGACAAUAAAAUAUAUGGUGACAAUAAAAAAUAUGGUGACAAUAAAAAAUAUGGUGACAAUAAAAUAUAUGGUGACAAUAAAAAAUAUGGUGACAAUAAAAUAUAUGGUGAAAGUAAUAAUUAUUAUGAUCCUAUAAAGAGAGAUAACCUUAUAGAAGAUGAAAAAAAUUUGAACAACUUUUUUGUUAUAUACAAUGAUAAUAUCAUAAAGAAUAUUGAACCAGUUGAUAAAAAAAUCGAUGCUAUUAAAAAUUUGUUGAAUGAUAAAUAUUUGAAAGAGAAAAAAUUAAUUAUUACGAUUGAUGCUUAUAGUGAUAAUUUAAUAUUAUAUUGUUUUCUUUAUAUAAUUUUAAAGCAUAUAAAUAAAAUGCAUUUAUGUACUUUUUUAAAUAUAGAAAUAAAAGAGAUAGUUGUAAAAAUGAAAGAGGUUUUUGAUCUACAUUUUAAUGUAUAUCAUAUUAUUAAUUAUAUAUAUGAAUACAUACACACCAUUUUGAAGUGUUAUCAUUUAAAAAUAAAAAAAAAAGAAAAAAAAAAUAUCAAAGAAGAAGAUAUCCAAAAAAAUAUGUAUUGUAAAAAUGAAAUGUUAUGCUAUAACAACAAUGAUGAUGAUGAUGACAAUGAUGAAAACGAUGACAAUGAUGAAAACGAUGACAAUGAUGAAAACGAUGACAAUGAUGACAAUGAUGACAGUGAUGAUAACAAUGAUGAUAAUAAGAUAAUUUAUAAUGAACCAUCUCUUGUGGAGAAAGAAAAAAAAAAUAAAGAGACCAUGAAAUUAUUUACAUAUCCAAGAAUAGCACAUAUGUUAAGUGGAGGUGUGGAUUCAUUAAUGGCUUUACAUCUAUUAGAGAAAAAAAAAUUUCUUGUUGAUAAUUAUUUUUUUAAUUUCAGGAAUGCAGACUGUAGUAAGAAUGAUAUAAAAUAUGUAAAGGAUAUAUGUAAAAAUAAUAAAAGAAAUUUAUUUAUUAUUAAUAUUAAUGAAGAAUAUUUUGAUCAAGUGCUCGUGCCAAUGUUAUUUUUUUAUGCAGAUGGAAAAGUUCCAAAUCCUGAUAUUAUGUGUAAUAAAAAAAUUAAAUAUAAUUUUUUUUUAAAAGUAAUAAAAAGUAUUUAUAAACAAAAAUAUAAUUAUGGAAGCAAACAAAAAUUAUUUAAUUAUGAUUAUAUAUCAACUGGACAUUAUGCUAUGAUAAGAACUAAUGAUAAAAACAAUCCAAACAAUAUGUUUAAUAAUCAUAUGUUUAUAACAAAAAAUAAAAGAAAUAUUAAUAAAUGUUUAUAUAAUAUAAAUAAAGAUAAACUAAAAAGUAACUAUAAAAAGAAUAAAAAAUAUUUCUAUAAAUUAUUAGUUAGUAGUGAUAAAAAAAAAGAUCAAACAUUUUUCUUAUCAUCUUUUAAUCAAAAACAAUUAUCUAAAUUUAUAUUCCCUUUAUCUUUAUAUAAAAAAACAGAUGUCAAACAAUAUAUGAAAGAUAAUAAUAUAAACAAUUAUAAUUGUAAGGAAACAAAAGGUCUUUGUUUAUUUGGUAACAUAGAUAUGCAAUCCUUGUUACAAAAAUAUUUUGUAAAAACUGAAAAUAAUAUGUUUAAAUUAAAUAAUAAUAAUAAAAAAAAACUUUUAAUAGAUAUAACAGUACCCUCUGACUUAAAAAAAUUUAAAGAAAAAUUCAUGCCACAAAUGAACCUUCGUUAUAUAAAUUAUCUUAUCAAUUUAGAUGAUAACACUAUCUUGGAUAUAAAUUCAGAUAUACAUUUAUAUGCUAUUGGUCAACAUAAAAAUGUAACUAAUUAUCUUCAUAAUCUAUAUAAUCAAAAAAUGAUAAAUAUAAAUGGACACAAAAAAAAACAUAUAAAAAAUGUCAUUUCUUCUUUUCAAUGGAUUGUAGUAUAUAAAAAAAUAAAAAAAGAUAUAUCCACAAAUAUUCUUCAUAAUUUUAUAUAUCUUACUAAAAAUUAUGACCAAGAUUUAUUUACACAUAUAAGAACAAAAUGUAAAUUAGAUAAUAUUAAAUGGAUACAGGGGAAAUUACCAGUUUGUAUAAAAAAGCAACUUGAAAAAAAAAAAAAAAAUAAAAUAAAAAAAAUAAAAAAAAAAAAAAAUAAUCAUAAUAUAAAUAAUAACAAUAUAAAUAAUAUAUACAAAACCAAUGAUACAUAUAAUGUUUAUAAUAAUAUUCAACAAGAGAAUGAAGAAAAACAAAAAAAUAAAAAAAAACUAAAUAAUAUUCCACUUGAUGAAAUAACAAUUUUUGUUAAAAUUAGAAAUAGUGAACAAAUAAAAAAAGCAAAAAUUAAAUUUUCUUCUUCAAAUAAUACAGCAUAUUUAAAAGUGAAACAAAAAGAUAAUGGAUUUUCACCAGGACAAAUUAUCACCUUUUAUUUUCCUUUUAUUAUAAAAAAUAAUAAAGUAAAAUAUAUUACGAAUCUAAAGAAAUAUAAUAAUCCUAUAAAUAAUACAACCACAAAUUCACAUACAAAGAAAAAUACAAUUUAUUAUCAUUGUCUAGGUUCAGCAACAAUAAGUAAUCAAUUUCUUGAUUAUAAUUUUUAUCAACAUAUAAAAAAUAUUCAUCAAGAAAAUUAUAUAAACAUCAGCAUAUGA